CUCUCCAUCUUUACCUCCAUCCUCACGUUCUCUCAAUCUUUACCUCCAUCAACACCUUCUCUCCAUCUUUAUCUCAUUCUCUCCUUCUCUUGCAUCUUUACCUCACUCUCUCCAUCUUUACCUCAUUCUUACCUUCUCUCCAUCUUUACCUUCUCUCCAUAUUUACCUCCGUUCUCUCCUUUUCCCUCCAUUUUUACCUCCAUCCUCACUUUCUCUCCAUCUUUACCUCCGUCCACUCUUACUGUCCAUCUUUACCUCCAUCUACACUUUCUCUCCAUCUUUAUCUCAUUCUCUCCUUCUCUCCAUCUUUACCUCAUUCUUACCUUCUCUCCAUAUUUACCUCCAUCCACACCUUCUCUCCAUAUUUACCUCCGUUCUCUCCUUUUCCCUCCAUCCUCACUUUCUCUCCAUCUUUACCUCCGUCCACUCUUACUCUCCAUCUUUACCUCCAUCUACACUUUCUCUCCAUCUUUACCUCAUUCUCACCUUCUCUCCAUCUUUACCUCCAUCCACACCUUCUCUCCAUAUUUACCUCCGUUCUCUCCUUUUCCCUCCAUUUUUACCUCCAUCCUCACUUUCUCUCCAUCUUUACCUCCGUCCACUCUUACUCUCCAUCUUUACCUCCAUCUACACUUUCUCUCCAUCUUUAUCUAAUUCUCUCCAUCUUUACCUCAUUCUCUCCAUCUUUAUCUCAUUCUCAUCUUCUCUCCAUCUUUACCUCCCUCCACACCUUCUCUCCAUCUUUACUUCUGUUCUCAUCUUCUCUCUGUACCUCCAUUUUCUCCGUCUUUACCUCCAUUGACACCUUCUUUCCAUCGACACCUUCACUCCAUCUUUACCUCUGUUCUCAUCUUUUCUCCAUCUUUACCUCCAUCCACAUGUUCUCUCCAUAUUUACCUCCGUUCUCACUUUCUCUCCAUCUUUACCUCCAUUAUUACAUUCUCUCCAUCUUUACUUUAAUCCACACCUUCUCUCCAUCUUUGCCUCCAUCCACACAUUUUCUCCAUAUUCUCUCCAUCCACACCUUCUCAUCUUUACCUCCAUCCACACCUUCUCUCCAUCUUUACCUCCAUCCACACCUUCUCUCCAUCCACACCUUCUCCCCACGUUGUCCUGUGUUCACACGUGACAUCACUUCCUGUGCAGAGCUUCCAGAGGUGUUCCUGCUCCAGAAGACGCCGUCCUCUCCGGUCAGCUGCAUGGCGACAGGUUUCUACCCCGACGGUGCCGACCUGUUUUGGAGGAAAGACGGCGAGCAGAUCUUCGAGGACGUGGAGCACGGAGAGAUACUCCCCAACCACGACGGAACCUUCCAGAUGUCGGUGGCGCUGAAAGUGGAGGUGACGGCCAACGUGGAGGGCAAGUACGAAUGUGUGUUUCAGCUGUCAGGCGUCAAGGAGGACUUGGUCACCAAGCUGGAGAGAAGAAGCAUCCUGAGCAACGCAAGCCGUGAGGGACUUCGUAAAGAAGCAGUUCCCACACUUCCCAAAUCGUCCUCCGGAAACUCUUAUAGAUACUUUGCUAUCUCUGAGCCCAAAUCAUAA